GCUUUCUUGAAGACUGGGGAAGAGGCGGAGUGUCACCGAGCGGCGUUCGCGCAUUAAACGUCUAAAAUACAACGAGAACCAUGAAGAUCUGGACGUCAGAACAUGUUUUCAACCAUCCGUGGGAAACCGUGACCAAAGCUGCCAUGCAGAAGUACCCGAACCCCAUGAACCCCAGCGUGUUUGGCGUGGACGUGUUGGACCGUAACGUGGACCGGCAGGGACGGCUGCACAGCAAGCGGCUGCUCAGCACCGAAUGGGGUCUACCGUCCAUCGUUAGAUCGAUCAUUGGCAACGUGCGGACAUGUAUGUACAUCCAGGAGCACUCCGUAGUGGAUCCCAAAGAGAAAACCUUUGAGCUUCAGUCCACUAAUAUCACCUUCACUAACAUGGUGUCUGUGGACGAGCGGCUUGUUUACCGACCGCACCCAGAGGACCCGGAGAAGACCAUGCUCACCCAGGAGGCCAUCAUCUCUGUGAAGGGCGUCAGUCUCAGCAGCUAUCUGGAGGGACUCAUGGCCUCCACCAUCUCCAGCAAUGCAGGAAAGGGUCGUGAGGCGAUGGAGUGGGUCAUCAGACGUCUGAACACAGAGAUCGAGGAGCUGGCCAUCACAGCCAGAGGAACCCUGAGGACCCCCAUGGCCGCCGCCGUCACCGAGAAAUGACCGCUCCUCUCUUCCUCUCUGUCGCCGCUCUUCUCUACGCAUCUUUCUCCAAUGGUGGAAGUCCAUUCUCGGCGUCCUGCGCAUUCAAGCGUCUACAUUAGAGGCUGACGGGGACGUCCGGCGGCGGAGAGACGGUCUGAGCUUUGACAUCGACCGCUGGUGACGCACAACAGGAAGAACGUGAAGAGGAGCGCUCGAACUCUCAAACGUAGUUUUAAUGAAUCAGUAUAACGGGACAGACCCAUGCUCUCUGACGUAAUGAUGGAGGAACGUAUGCCAAACCAUUCAGCUCUGUUACACACGACUCUUACAGUCAGAGGACACAGCUUCACCAGCACUCACACACUUGAAAGUUGUUAGUGAUAUUAUAACUUAUCUUUAUUAUUACUAUUAUACUAGUAACACUUAAUCCAGGCUUUAAGGAAGGGAACAAACCUAUCCAGACUCCACUGGAUUCUUCAGAACCUGCCACUGAGCACUGAAGAGAUGCUGGUGUAUGAAACAUGAUCAUCAUCAUCAAGAAUGUUCCAUGUAAUGUUAAACAUCUCCUUCCCUCAGUAGUGAACACCAGGGAUCGCGAGGCCGUGUUUGAGGAGGGUGAAAUGCAUUCUAUUUAUUUAUUUAUAUUUUGUAGUUUUAUGUUAUUUCAUGCAUCCUCAAAUCACAGCUUGAGCGUCUUCAUCCCCAGCGACUGGAAAGCGCUCUCCAGAUGUGUUUAGUGGUGAAGGUGCUUCAGCGUUUACAGAUGCUUGUGUUCUUCUCAGUUGAAAUGGAUUCAAAGAUCUGUAUGUUUGGUUUACUUGAGCUGGAAUAUUAUGACGUACUAAAAUAAAACGACUGCAUUUAAACAACUUAUUUAUACUGAAUGUAAAUGUAUGUUACUGGCCUAUUUAGUAUUGAACCGAACCA